CUUACAGCUACUUUGGACAAUGGCACACCUUCAGCUCUACAUUUUGGCUCUUAUUCUGGUCACUUCCAUGUGGAAUAUUCAGACUAGUAAUGGAUCGGUUCAGUUGAUGCUGAGGCUGUAUUUUCAAUGCUCCUCCAAGGAAAUAGUUUCACCUUGUAGGUCUUGUGAGAGAUCCUGUGGACAAAGAGAAACCCUGGAUUGUGUGAAGGACUGUCGCUAUGGAUGCAUUUGCAAGAUGGGUUGGAUUCGCAGAAACAGCACCUGUAUUCCAAUGAGUCAGUGUGAGCAAAAGGAUCUUUAAAGCAGCGAAUGCCAACAGGUUUUUUCGACUUAAUUACUAAGAGUUAAAACUCAAUUAGAAAAUUUUCCCCUGGAUGAGCGAAAUCAAAUUUCACAACUCCCGCAGCGUUAAUUGAAGAUUCCUCAAUAAAAACGAAUGG